CCUAGCGUCAGUCACACAAGCACAAGUCAAUUGUGAGAAAUAUCUUGACAGAUUCGCUAGGAUGGGAUCAGGAAAGGCCCUCGCUCGGCCGCCGCCUGAUGCGAGUAUGGAACUCAAACCGCGCAACAAACUUCGCCGUCAGAUGCUUCAUAUCAAGAGAAAGCGCGCCAAGGAUUCCGCUCGCCGCACCGAACGAUAUGCCUUCAAGAAGGAAGAGGCCAAGAACCCCCGCUUGAAGGAGGAACGGUUGAAGCGCAAUAUCCCACUUACCAUUGAUCGGAAGCGAGUAUGGGAUGACGCCGGCAGUGACGUCGAAGAUGGGUUGGGAUUGAGUGUUGAUGUGGAGCGCAUCAAGAGACGCAAGCAGGAAGAGGAGGAUGAAUUGAAUCGAUCCUUGGAAAAUCCCGAAAAGUCGGGGGAUGAAGAGUCGCAGGACGAUGAUGAUGAAGAUGACGAUGUGGACAGUAUGCUUGCUAGCAGCGACGACGAGGAGGAAGACAAUGAAGAUGAUAGAGAGGGCGAUGAAGAUGAAAAAGCGGACGACUCUCGUGGACGGCGCAAAUCAGCUCUUCCUUCCGCUACCGAGCGAGCGACCAGCCCGUCGCGAGUGACCAAGAGCACUAACCUCAGUCUUGUCCCGGAUGCGCUGGCCGCCAAAUUCCCCUCGUUGUUCAACCUUGAAAACCCCUCACCCAAAAUCCUCAUCACCACCUCGCUCAACUCAACCCUUCAUCACGAGGCCGAGCUACUCACGGACCUCUUCCCCAACUCGCACUAUGUCCGCCGCACUCGCCAUCGGUUCGCUCAUCAGUUCUCCAUCCGCGAGAUCGCCAAAUUCGCCUCGAAUCGGAACUACACUGCACUGGUUAUCUUACGUGAAGAUCAGAAGAAACCCACCGGCCUGGAUAUCGUACACCUGCCGACUGGUCCCAUGUUCCACUUCUCCAUGUCGAAUUGGGUUGAAGGCAAACGCAUUCCUGGGCACGGAAACGCCACCGAUCAUUUCCCCGAGCUCAUCCUGAACAACUUCCGCACUCCUCUGGGUCUCUUGACAGCCCAUCUAUUCCGCACCUUGUUCCCCGCCCAGCCGGAAGUUCAAGGCCGACAAGUCGUCACCGUUUUGAAUAGCCGCGAUUAUCUCUUCUUUCGUCGUCACCGCUACGUCUUCCGCGAGAAGCGAGAGACUGAAAAGGCAGUUGUAGGUGCGGAUGGUAAGGAGAUGAAGGGUGCCGAGGGCAUCCGAGCUGGUAUGCAGGAACUGGGACCCCGCUUCACCCUGAAGCUGCGCCGGAUCGAUAAGGGUAUACAACGGGCUAGUGGCCAGGAGUGGGAAUGGAAGGGUGGUAUGGAGAAGACCCGCACCAAGUUCCAGCUGUGAUGCAUUUUCUCCCAUUGUUCAUCUCGAAGAUAUCCAGCCAUGUUUGUUUGCAUUGGGGUUUGGAUGGGCGUUUUGUUGGUUGCUUUACCCGAAGCCCUGUUUUUAUUGGGGGAGGGGUUUCUUUGCUUGUUCAUAUCACAUCAGGAUAUCAUCCUACGACUAUCUCAUUCCGUCAUGCAUGACGCUCAAGGCUCUUUUUCCC